CAAAAGCGGAAGUAUGGUUAGUUGGCUAGCUAUAUGUAGCGCUGUUAGGUGAUAAUGUGAUCAAAAUUUAUCGUACAGAGGGUCCAGGAAUUUACAUUUUCUUUUGAAACGCAUACCGAAGAGGAAGGUAUGGAGACAACUUUGACAGUUUCGAAAAGUUCUAAGCUGUCCACAGAGGCUAGCAGCGAACUUGUUGCUUUCAAGAAAGCUGCGGCGAAAGCUGUUCAAGAACACGCAGAGCUCAAAAAGAGCUAUGACAAAUUACGCCGCAAAUUCCAGGAAAGUGAGAAAAUUAGGAGGGGUCUGGAGAAGAAACUUGUCAGUACCGAGCAGGAACUGUCGAACCUUGGUGUAGUUUCAGAGGCAGCUUGUGAAGAGUUCACCCAUCUGCACAUCAAAUACGAGGUGGAGCAAAAAUGCAGGCUAACAGCAGAGAAAUAUGCCACCAAGAUGGUGAAAGAGAACAAGGACAUUAAGAGAAAGAGUGCAGCCUUCCUUUCCCGAGCUGGUGAGGAUCUGGUCCGUCAAUUUGAACUGUCGCUGGAAGAAGGGGACGAAGAAGAGACAGAAAAUGGAGCUGACACAGGCCAGGUCAAAGAACUCAAUGCCAGAAUAGAGGAUCUCAGAGAUCAGCUGGUAGCAAGCAAGCGAGACCUGGAGCAGGUCCUCUUGGAGCGGGAUGAAGCCAGGGAGGAGGUCAUUGGCAUCUCUCACCAGGGUAAACAACUGGCGGAGCAGUUACUUCUUGAGAGGCAAACCCAUGAUGCAACAAAAGCCACCUUGGAGGCAGAGAGAGUGGCCCACGAAUCCGUGAAGAUGGCACUGGAGGAGAAGGUCCAGACCAUCGCCCAGUUCAGAAGAGUUUCGACAGUGGUCUUCCAGGAGCUGUUUGAAGUCAAAGGCAAGUAUGAGGAGGAAGCCAUGCUAAGAGAGAAAGCUGAGAACUUCGCAGCACAGAUGUACAAGGAGAGGCAAGCAGCCGACGCCCACAAGCGGCAGAGCAUGCUGAUGCUGAACGAAGCCAUCGGCCCAGACGAAAAGAUGGAGGAGGUCAUGAAGGAAGUGGAGAUUCUCACCAAGGAGCUGGCUGACGAGAAACAAAAACAUGAGAAAGAGAUUGCCCAGAUGCAAGCCAGCCUUCGGGAGGCUGGGGAUGUUGAACUCCUGAAUUCCCUAGAGACCAAGCUCAGCAUUGCCCGGGAGGAGAACGAGGCUCUGGAGAAGAAGGUCAAUGACCAGCUUCCCAACAUGCGCAAGCUCCAGGACAAGAUUGCCGAGCAGGACACCACCAUCAAGAAGCUGAUGGCCGAGCUAGACAAGGCCAUGCUUAAGCCAGUGGCCCCACCCCCUCCCCCACCCCCUCCUCCGCCACCUGUGCCACAUUCCCCUUUGGAGGUUCUUCGCAAGAUAAUUGGUGUGAGGCGGGCUAACAAAGGAGGAGGAGGGGGGGCAGGAGGAGCGGCAGGAGGGCCAGCUCCCACAGAAACAGAUGGCAGUGGAAACAAGGCAGGGAAAGAUGACCCCCACCAGAAACAGUACGAGGCCACCAUCGAAGAGAUGAUGAACAGAAUCAAGAGUGGACGGGUGAAGUUGAAGCCAGUACAGACAGAGGAAAAGACGUUACUGAAUAGGAAAGGCCCUGGAUCCAUCAGGAACAUGAGUCCUGCUAUGAGUCAACUCAAUGGCAUGCUGACUGUACUUAAGAAGAGAGGUCCUCAGAGUGACGUCACAUCCGGGUCAGAUAGUGCCACCCAGGAUGCCCCCAGCCAAGAACUGGCGGCCAUCAUGCAGAGGCGGAGAAAGAAGACGGAGGAAAUCACCCUGGACAAGCCAGCCCAUGAAGAGGUCCAGGAAGACUCGCUGCCUGGUGUAAAUACAAACAAUCUUCAAGAGAGACGAAAUGGCACGACGCCAAAGUCUAAACGAAAGCCUCCAGUACCUGUGCCUAGGUCCUCACCGACAACUAAACUUACCAAGAGCACAAGUGUCGACAGCGGAAUGACAGAAAGUGAGAAACCCUCCAAAAAGGACAAGACAGACUCCGCCAGCAUCAAGACAUGCCCCGAAAUGAGCCUUGCCGAGGAGGGGGCUUACUCCGAGGUCAUGGCAGACGGGGAUGACAAAAAGUCCAACAUGUCCUUCUCUGAGUCCUUCCCAUCAUUCAAGGGCUCCUCAGAUGCCUCCUCGGAAUUCUCAGAGAAGAACUCAGACAUCUCGUCCAACAAGGGCUCGGGUGAGCUGGAUGACAUCCUGCUGCAUGCCAACCCAGCGUACGAGAGUGCUGAGAGUAUUCCGUUCUCUGAGGAGGGGGCAGGGCAAGGUGACGGCUGGGGCGAUUAUGAAACAUUGAGAAUUGGUGCUGCAAACAGUACACACAAUGGAUACUCUGCCAACAGCACUGCACAGUAAAAUGUAAAUAUGUGUUCCGUAUGUCCUCUUGUCACUUGUUUGAUGUGCAUGUACAUUAAAUCAACAACAGUUUGUGGACGUCAUUUUUAAAAAAUUUGUCUGAGUUGAGAAUUCAUUUUGAACAGUCUUCAAACUGAUAUACCAUGGAUAGUUUGGCAUUGUAUUAGCUGAGAUUUUGAUAUUCUUAAAUGUGAUGUUAAGUUUCAGUACUGGAGGUAUUGUUCUUUGAGCUUAGCUAUAGCAGUAAGAAAUUAAGAAAUAAUGUGUAGCUGUUAAGGGUUUAUUGCAUUUUUAGAAAAAUCAUUGUUAUUGCUUUUUGAACUUGAAGAAAAAAAAAGCUUUUUCAGUGGCAUUUUGCAUCAGCUGUACCAGCUGAGUUUAGAUUUUGAAGGGAUUAGUUUUCUUGGAAAAAUUAGUUUAAACUCUGAAAGUAUCAAAAGAUUCAACGUCCAUGGUAAUUCAUGCUUCCCUACAUGCAGGGACUUAAAACUUAAAGUGUAUGACCAUGACCUGCAUGGUCAUGUCAUUUUGUAACAAGCAAACAAGGUGUGACAUCCCUUAAACUGAAUUUGUGCAUACAAUUUUCAAAGAAAGAUUUUCACCCUUCAGUUGCAUAUGUAGCUUUUCAGUGAAAUGGUAAAAAGCAGAGAUUUAGGUGUCCCAGUGGGGCUGUGUUGUAUUGAGCAUGGAGCCCAAAUGCACAUCAGAAAAAGACGUAGUUGUCUACAUAGUUGUCAGUCGUCUUCCCUCCAUGUUGGAUUUUACCGUUUUGGGCAAAAACAAGCCUGUUCUUCACACAUAUCUGCCCUGGAAAGUGACUUGCUUAAUAUUGGGUCAGCAGCCCAUAACUUCACAGUAUUCAAUUUCAGAUACAUGUACCCUCAUCUUGCUUGAACACCUCACCCAGCAGAUGUCUGAUUGAUAGGUGACCUUACUUGUUCUUCUUGAAACCAGUUCCUAGGCAACCUCUGAACCUUUAUUGGGCCCUGUGUUGUCCAGUUAUCGAAAAAUCUCUGGGAUCCACAACUUUAUUAUCUAGGGCAACUUUCAAACCUCCUUUUGCUGUGCCAUGUGCGUUCUCCCCCCACCCCUUCCAUCUCAAGAUCUUGCUUCACAGACUUGUCAACACUUGACUUUCAAAUGAAGUUUCUUCCUGUUCGGAACUUCCUCCCUGCUUCAUUGCAUCUCAAAGUUGACCUCUGUAACCCGUAAACCCCUUCCAUUGUUAGCACCAAUUCCUGCAAAUCCCAACCUUUUCCCAGACAGUAUUGACCAUUGAUUUCCCCCCUUCUCUUUGGCACAGAUUUUACACAAGUAGAAAGUUGCUCACUGCUUGUUGCUGAAUGGUCAGGGAAGUCCUUAAUGCUUUCAUGCAACUAUAUGCCGACAAGAAUACUGUACAUUCCUUUAUUUUGUAAAUGUAAUGCAUGCAGUAUUCCAACAGUUGGUAUUUUAGGGACAGCAUAAUGUUGUCAGAUGUUGUGAAUGCAUGUGUGUGUAAAAACCAACUGAAAAAUGGUCUGUCUUGCUGCAUCCUUGGCAACCAUAAAAAGGAAAUGUGAUUUAUUGUACAGACAAUGAAACCCUGGUGAAAUGAUGUAGAAAAUUAUUUUUGUAGCACACCACUCUGUGUAAACAAAAGAAGAAAUAUGGAGUCUUGCAUUCAGAGUUGUAAAAUGGAGAUGUGACAGUCCAGAGUAGUAUUUAAGAAUUAAUUGAGUAAGUCUGUACAUUUUGUAUUUAAUUUGUUUGACAAAUGAAACCAAAGUUUGUUUACAUAUAGUUUGUAGAAUUUUCUUAUUAUUUCUAGAUUUUAACUUGAAAGUAGUUUGCUUGAUUGUUGAUGAUUCAAAAUGAUUUAAAAAUGUGUUAAGUAAAAUCAACAAAUUUUUAAUUCACAUAGCAAGAAUGAAGUUACUGUUUCCUGGCCGUAAUAUAAACCCAACAGUGUUCUGUUAGGCCCUCUCUGAAAAUUAAGAUUGUGUAGAAAAUUACUGAGAUUGGAGAAGUGUUCCAUUUUGUUGUACAUUUUUUAAUAUGGUUUUUUGGCAUAAGCCUAGAAUUCCUGUAAUUGGCUGUGUAACUGAAUUCUGAUAACGUGCAUCAUUUUGCAUCAGUUUGGGAUUAAAAAAAUUUUAGCUGUGCUGUUUUCUAAAAAAGCCACAAUUAAGAUUUUUCUAAAAGCAACUCCCACUCCGUGUAGUAACUGCAUCUGGUGAAGUUAUCCUUUUCAUCAUUGAAUUUAAUAAGUUUGGUUCUGUAUAGCAGCAGGCCCUGCUAUAUUCAUUUCUGUGAUCUUUACCACUUGAGAAGAAGGAUGAAUUUUUUUCAAAUUUUAGUACUGAAUGGGAUAAAAAUUCAACAAUCUGCCUUGCCUUUGAACUUUUUCUUGCCUUUGAAUGAAGACAUUUGAUGGUACUGUAGCAUAAUAUUUAUAUUGACUUUAGAUAACCAUAAUUGUGGUAUGAAUGGUAUACCACAGUAUAAUUCUUGAGCCAGUCAUGGAAAUACAUCUUUUUUGCUCUCUCCUUUUUUAACCCAGGAGCCCUAUAACCUUGAAAGUGCCAUUUUUGUAUGUAGCUUACAAUGAGGAAAAGUCAUUUGAAUAUCUAUACAGAACCACGCCCACAAAUACCAGCAUUCAUUGUUUCUCUUUUGGAAGAACCAAAAACUGUGAUUAUUGUUAUUAGAUGUUCUUAUAUACAUUUCCUUGAUCAAGGCCUUGGUAGUCAGUUGUAUCUUUAAAAAAAUAUACUUUCCAUAUGUAAGAUUUUAGAGUAUAAAAGUUGGUUGUGUUUUUGAUAUGAAAUAACAUUUAAUUAAAUGUGCUUUAGUGGGUAUCAUUUUCUGCAUGGUUUCGUACAGGAUUGGUGCAUAUUGGGAGCCAGAACUCAGAGCUGUUCCAUUAAAUCGAUCAGCUGAGUACUUUAAAGGUUUGCUGCACAAAAACAGGUUACCAGCUGAAAUCCUGCAUUGACUGCAGUGCGUUUGACAGGUUGCCAGUGUACGUCUGGCUUCGCCCAUAAUUUUGCUUGGCAGUAAAUUCUGCCUAGUAGAGGCAUGCAAUUAGGUUAGACAUUGUGCACCUGAAAUACUAAAUUUGUUUCUCACUACAUUAGUUGGAUUUUCAAAAUCUUCUAUUUGGACUAAAACUUAGUCCAGUUAAAUUUCAUAAUCGGUUUUAUGUUUUAUUUGGUCUUCGGAUGUGAAUGUAUGACUUGAGUCUGUAGUUUUCUUGUGAUGCAUGCAUCUUUGUGCAUUUGAUUUUCUGGUCAGCCGAUAAAGCUGUCGAAAACAGAUUAGCAGUCAGCAGCACAAGAUUAAAGGUUACACCCGUAUAAGUGGUUUCAUUUCUGUGUUAUUGAGACUUUUUGAUGUUUAUAAUAGUCGCCACAAUAUAGAUUGGUAGGAAGCAUAUUAAAAAUGUGUUUCAUCUUGCCAACAAUUUGCUGUGGUCUUCCAAAUUUUGGAUCUUUUCAUGUUUUGUAUUUCCAAAUCAGAUAGGUUCCCUUAGUUUUUGGAACCAUAUCUGUUGGGAAUCCCAAAUAAAUUUAUUAUUGUUUCCUGAUGCUUGGUGCACGUUAAGUUUUCAUACACAGGUAUAAUGUUAACUAGUUUCUCUUCUUGUUAUUUCUUACUUGAAAUUUAAAAGAUUGCUUUGAGGUGUAAUAGACUUUGGAUCUCCAUGUUACUUCAUCUUUAGUAUCUCACUAGUAUUGUGCCAUACUUUGAAAAGGUCACUUAAGUGGUAUACAUUAACUGAUUAGGUAUUAGUGAACACAUGUAAGGUGAUUUAAAUUAGGUUUUCUGACAUAUACUGUAAGGCUAACGAAAUAAUUAUUCAUUUAAGAAAAUGAUUUUGAAAUGAUCACAUUCAUUUACAGACCCCGGUUUUGUAGGUGUAUCUGACAAAAAUCAAUUCCACACCUUGGGUUUUCGAUUUAUUAAAAAAAAAGAAAAAAAGUUGAUUAUGUUUUGACACAGAAACAAGAUUACUCAAGUGUAGAGUAUCAUUAUGGUAUAAUUAACCUUCAUCAACUUAGAAGUAUUGUUUAUAUUUAGGUUGUACAGGCAUCUAUUAUUUGAUCUGUAAAUUAAAGGAAAUAUUUUAAUCAUUCCAUUAAUCAAGUACUAUUUUUAGUGAUGGGUUUCCUUGAAUUCUGUUUGAAGUCAGAGAAAAUUGCUCUGUAGUGCAGUUGCAAACAUUUGUUUACCAAAGGAAUGAACUUUUUAUGGCUAUUCCUGAUUAGUGAUGAGACAACAGUUUUCGUUUUUCUUAAAUUAAGUUUAGGGGGUCAAAUCACGAUGGUACUUGGAUAAACUAAUUAAACUAGACCCUAGGUAUUCUAAUCAAAAUUCAUUUGAAAAUAUCCAUUUGUAAAUGUCUAUGAACUUGAUUGAAAAUUGUAAAUAAAAGCUGAAAAGGACCCACAAAUUUGA